AGAGCCAAAGUCCUUUACAGACGAUGGCGAUUUGCUUCUCCACGUGUUAUUGAAAUACGGCUGUUUAGAUUCACGAAUCUAAACCUUCUCGUACCAGGUAAAAAGGAGUGUGAUAGCGUUAACAGUCAUCAAUAUGGAUGGCCUUUUAAAUCUACUGCCACUGUAUACUGAAAGUGUUGAAGGCGAACACAAUCUUUGGCAGUUUUUGGAGACGUGCAAAUCGCAUCAGAGUUUUGGUGAGCUAGUCGCAAAUGAAGCUGACUUGAAUCAUGCCGUCGGCGUCAUCAACGGCAAGCUCAAUAACCCCGAUACCAGGGUUGAAGGAGCUCUCCUUCUCGAUGUGCUCGUAACUCAAUGUGGGACUGACACCUUCACUUCCAAUUGUGUUUCGUGGGUCCAACAAGUGAUGCGCUUGCUCCACGGUCCCACCAAAAAGACUGUGGGACAGACCGUUUUUAAGGUUCUGGGCAAGCUGCUGGCAUUCUCAUCUCAGUUUCCAGAACUCUCACGACAACUAAGCACCACAGUUAUUUCGCAACUAGUAACCUUGCUAUGUGAGCCAGAAUUUUCACAAAAGGCUUCCAUUACAGUACAUGUCCUUGAGUGCCUCAAGAGUUGUAUGAAAAAUUAUGGUAACCCUUGCGGCCCAGUCAAGGGUGCUAUUGAACGACAUCUCUUAUCGCUGAUUGAUUGGGAUGAAAUGGCCACUGAUUCGAGCCUGCGAUCAGUGUGGGCUACUUGCAUGGCGUAUCUGCCUAGUGUCGGUAGCAGUGGAUCGCAAGGAGCUCAGCACAGAAGCAACUGGAUCGAAUUUUGCCUGCAGCUCAUCGACUCUGUCCAUUGCACGAUCAACGGGAUGUUUAGAAACAUCGAAGAACUGAAGAUACAAGAGGUUUCGUCGAAUCCAUUAAAAAUCCCAGAAUUGCAACAUAAGAAUCCCAUGGUUUUGUUACACGAUCAACAGCGAAGAUUUGUGAACCUCUGUUCCGCGUUAGUCGUGUUGCUCAACGAGCCAUUCCCCACCACAAAGAAUGUCCCGAUCGAUCGACUUUUGGCAAUGAUUUCUCGCCUCUUAGCGCUUAACAGCAAAAGUCUUUCAAAGACAGCCCGAGCCAAUUUCGAACAAUUGACCUUGGGAUCAAUUAUCCCUGACCUUCAGUCGUCCGUGUUAGACGUCUUGGCGUCUUUGGUGGCCGUCUGCAGGUCUCAAUUGCUGACCCGAGCGACAACUGUUAUGAACUUUUUCGUUCAAGUGCUUCAGUGGACUUUCACUCCAGUUGAUCGACGUCGAGUUGGAAUUGAAAGACCCUACGGGAAAUUACGCAGCCAAGUCUACCGAACCUUGUGCUUAUGGGUGGCCGCAAGCCGCUCGGCCUGCGGUUGGGGUAAAUGUGUUGAUGUACUCUUCAGCCAAUUGCUAUCAGAUAUCCUCGUCCACCGAGACACGGUCCAGCUGCUAACAGUGAAUCCUCCUAGCAAUGGAAAGAUGACUAGGAAAGGAAAGAAAAAGAUGGGGACCACUGGUGUGAUUCUUCAGAAAGAGGAUUUGACAGCCAACGCUGACGUUUGUCAGAUGGCCCUCCAAUGUAUGUCUACAAUCCUUCUCUGUUGCGGGCCGAGAAUCAAGCCAGCCAUACAUAAAGAAACUCAAGAGAUCGUGUUGUCCGUACUCGUUGACAUCAUGAACGGCGCUGAACUGAACACACUUGUGCCGUACAAUGACCCCCGCUGUCGAGCUUGCAUGUAUCGGGUAUUGGAAAAGUUGUUGCUAUGUCCAAGUCCCCAAUGGCCGGCACCCCUCAACUACGCUUCUGCCAUUUUUAGCAGUGGCAUGAACGAUCCCAACAUUGAGGUGUCGUCGGUCUGUGUUGAAGCCUUGGUGUCGAUUCAGUCUAUAUUGCGACCAAGAGGGCCGACGCUCAAUUUUGCUCUAGAAUCGAAGCAAUUGCGUUGCAUUCAGCAGGAAGCGCCAUUAUUGAACGGCUCUGUCAAGUUGGUUGAACCUGCAUCAACGUCAUCAGCUAUGGUAGCGACGCAAUCGACUCUACGUGCUAUAUCAGUUGGUCAAUCGACAAUACCAACCGACGCUGCAUUAAUCAAGCACGUGACAACCCCUGCUAAAAACAUUCAUGAAAAUUCAUUGGAUUUAGUGGUUGAAAUACGCCAACCUGAGUCAUCACCGCUACCGUCCAACCGACUAUCUAUUUCAAAUGGUUCACAUGACGAUGAUUUUUCAACACCUCCAAUGGGUGUGACGACGAUAUCCAGCGAAUCUCCUGUGAAAUCAACGAGAAUGAUGACGCGGAAAGAAGCGCUGAAAGUGAUUGCUGCUGUUGCUUUGCCGACGCAGUCAGUAACAGAAAAAUCUUGUAUUCCUUCCGAGAUAAAGCAAGUUAAAAAUGAGACAUCGCCAGCCAGGAAGAGACCUCAUGAAGAUUCCAAACCGACUGUGUUUUCCCCGCUGGAAAAGAUGCAGACCGAAGAGCUGGAAAACGGAGAGGACGAACUGGACGACAAUGUGGAUGCCAUGUUAGCUUCGUUUCAUGAUGUUCCAGCCUAAUGAAUACAUUUUGUAAGCAAUCGACAAACAUUUAAAAAAGAAUCGCAA